AUGUUAUACGCGUCUCAGAAUUUUUAUACGAAAAAAUUUGACUUGGACUAUUUCAUGGAUAGACAAAAGAAUUUCGUGGCACCGAAACAUCGAUUGCAUGAUGUCUAUGUUACUUCAAAACCAUUGAAAGAGUGGCAUAUAAUAGAAGAUUACGUUGGCAGGCUACUGGAGAAUAAUCCAGGGUUAUCAGAAAAUGGUCUUUUCGCGACUUGUUGUCAGAGUUUAAGUUCGUUAUCAAAACAGGUUCCGGAUUGGCCAGAAAGCGUUUCUAAAUACGCCUCCACUUUACUUUCAAAAUGGAAGGGACCUGAGAAAGGUCACUGGUUUGAAAUUGCAAAAAAAGUUAUUCAACGUGCGCGUAACAAUGAUAAAAUCAAAGUAAAUAACGCUGAACUUCGGCAAAAAGAAACAAUUCAACGGCAGCGAUCUAUGGCUUGUGCAAUUGAACUCGUCACCACCGAGAUCGAUGAAUUACCACGCAAACGUAAACGUACAAGUAAUCCAACGUCCAAUGAAGAAAUUUCAGAGAAGGAUGAGGAUACUGAUACAAAUAAUACUCCGCCACAUUUUACUUUAAUAAGUUCUGAUAGUGAAUCCGAUGAAGAUGAUAAUACGAAUAAGGAAGAAGAAUCUUCUCUUGAAAUAAAUCUCGCAUUGUUUGAUGUUGAUCAAAGUAAAGGAGAUUCCGAGUGGAAAUUACAAGAUGGUCAACAACUUGUUAAGGUUCUUAAUAGAAAGACAUCCGAAAUGGUUAAACAAUUUUCGAAAAAAGACAAAAAACAGCGAACUCUAAUUGUGAAGAGUGUUAUCAAGUUAGGACUGUCUUCGAUAAUUGAUUUAUCAUCCGAGUUCAAAGACGGGAUGUAUACAUGGUUUGAGAAAGAUUGGGCUGUUAUUAAAAGGAAAGUCUAUAAAAUUGUUGAUAUGAAACCGAAAGGUUUCGAGGGUGAAGUGAAAAAUGUAAUAGACAUCAUUGAAGAGAUGUGUGACGCGUAUAAAUAUAAUGAAGCCCGAGAUUAUUUAUAUAAAAUCAAAACUUGCUAUACCUCUCAGACGUUAAUACAAAUAGCAAAUAUUUAUUUUUAUGUAAUUGAUAAAUAUUUAAAAAAUGCUUUUAUUUUUGUUGAUAAAUCCGGAAAAUGCCAAGAACUAAGCGAAAUUGAGUAUGCAAUUGAGAUGAUAGCACCAAUAAUGAGUGAAAUAUUUAACGAUACAUCUGAAUAUAUAAACCUUCGCUGGGGAGAGAAACUUUCCAACGUAAUGUCCGAUCGACGUAGAAAAAUUGAUUUACGAAUCAUUCGUAUCGCAGAUAAACUUGAACUAAGUCAUUCAGAAUGUGCAAAGGUUCCAUUACCCACGAAAAUAGUACAUGACCGAUCAAAAUUUUUACGUACACUAAAAGGUAUUUUAAAUAAUUUUUUGAAAGAAGACUUAUCCGACGAAGUGCGAGAUUCAAAAAUUUUAGGAAUUCAAUUUUAUGGCUUAUAUGGUCAGAUUAUAGGUGUAGAUCUUAUAGAUGAUGGGCUGUACUUUGGACUUGAAGGUUCAUCUUUUGAAUUUCCGACACAACUUACGAAUAUUAAAUGUCUCCGUAACGCAUUGGAGGCUUUAUUUUUUUUCAAG